AUGGCAGACGAACCUCUUGCGUAUGGUAGGACCGCUUUCAGCGGCUAUGUUCCAAAGCGCCCGAGGGCGGCAAGGACGGGCGCGGUGCCGCGGCCGGCCCUGGGGGACUCGUGGGACGUGGCCAUCAGCACGGACGCAGAGGAGCCCAUCUGCGAGACGAUCAUUGAGGUGUCCAACGAACCCCCGGCUGCGCCUUACGACGCCCCGUCGCCGACCGACCGGGUAGACCUGGACGAGCGCAUGACCUGCGAGGUCCAGGUGGCACAAAGACCGAGCCCGAGCCCGAGCCCCAGCCCGGCGGCCUCCUCGACGGCCGAGGAACUGCCGCCGAAGCGCCGGAGGCUGGACGACUGGGACCACUUCCUCGUGUCGCUCAAGAGGCACCUGCGAUGCACCCCCGACCACCUGGUGGGCAGCGCCCAGAUGCACUUGCUGCAGAUGGCGGCCACCUACGGCGCCGGCAGGAUGCCGCAAGCUCUGAUGCCGCUCGAUUUGUAGCAGCUUGUCCGUUCUUGCAGACGACCGAACUGAUUGCCUCCUCGCAUUUGUUGGUGUGUCUCACAAAGUCGUUUGUCAUCAUUUCUUUGUUCAGAGCGCCUGCUCUUGGCUGGUGUGUGCGGACAACCUAACUGUGUGCCACACAUCUGUGCAUUUGUCUUACAAUCAUCUGUCUUUUUUUUUUUUUUUUUGCACGUUUAUUUUUGGGUGCUGUGCGCGGACAGCGUGUGUGCCACGCGUUUGUUUAUUUGCCUUACAGAACCACUUGCCAUCAUUUGUUCUUUUUGUUCAGCCUCUUUGCUCCCACGCAAUGUUCAUUUGUCUUACGAAGCCGUGUGUCGUCAUUCUUCGUUUCAUCUUUAUAUGAAUCUGGACUGUUCAUCGUGAGAAGGGAACUCAAGCGGAAGUGAUCCCUCGUGUUUUAGUCGUCGUAUAGUCGUGUAUGUUUUGGCGGCUUUGCGCUGUGUCUAGCGCAGACAUUGAAGGCACAUCAGUGUUCGUGAUUCGUGCGCUGGAAAGAAAGUCCUGAACUGCAGGACACCGCGGUGAACCGUUUGAGGCUGAAAUAAAAGUGUUCAGCGUA